AUGCUUCGCGAAGCACAGCUCUCUAUUUGCAAAGCUAUUGAAGACAUCGACGGUGGGGCAAAGUUCCAGGAGGACGCAUGGGUGCGCGACACCGGUGGUGGUGGUAUGUCGCGUGUACUCGGUAAUGGCAACGUUUGGGAAAAAGCAGGCGUCAACCUUUCGGUCGUCCACGGUACUAUGCCACAAGAAGCCUUGCGCGCGGCGACCGAACGAGGAGUCAAUCGUGGACAAGAUGCGGUUCCAUUCUCAGCCUGUGGUUUGUCUUGUGUAAUGCACCCACGCAACCCCCACUGCCCGACGAUGCAUUUCAAUUACCGUCUCUUCCAAACUGCUGGAGGAAAUUGGUGGUUUGGAGGUGGCACAGAUAUAACUCCUUCCUACCUCGUGGAGGAAGACAUAAAGCAUUUCCAUGGUGUAUACAAAGAUGUUUGCGAUCGACACGACCCCGAAUACUACCCAAAGUUUAAGAAGUGGGCCGAUGAGUACUUUUUGAUCAAGCAUCGCGGGGAGCGCCGGGGACUGGGUGGGAUUUUCUUUGAUGAUUUGAACGAUCGCGAUCCAAACGAGAUCUUUGAAUUCUGCAAAGAUGCCGUCAACCACGUUGUCGCUGCCUAUGGUCCCAUCAUCGAAAAGCACAAGAACGACUCAUUUACGGAGGAAGAAAAACGCUGGCAGCAACUACGACGUGGACGCUAUGCCGAAUUCAACCUCGUCUACGAUCGCGGAACAAUAUUUGGACUCAAGACCAACGGUCGUACGGAAAGCAUUCUCAUGAGCUUACCGGAGACGGCCCGAUGGGAAUACGAUCACCAUCCGGAAGAGGGAUCACCAGAAGCUGAGUUCCUAGACGCAUGUAUGAACCCUCGGGAUUGGGUGUAA